CGGCAACGACAACGCGACAAGUGGUGCCAUCGAAGGACUACUUCCAACCCAGUUACUAAACUUACUCCGUUCCGCGUGCCGGUAGAGCUGAGUCCCGAACCCUAGGCCAACCGAUCGCUCUGUGAGGAUUAGCACAAAUUGUACCAGUUUCUGCCACUGACCUGGUUAACUUGCUGGUGAUCGAUGAAUAACCGAGUGAGGAACGAUUAUUUCGCCAAAAGGAAGUGUUGCUGAAUGCGCCGGUCUGUUGAAUACGGACAGUGACGAUUACGAAAGUGAGUGCAGUGAUAAAAACGGACGGAGAAUUACAGGCGGAAGAACUAGUGGAAGAACCUGAGACCAUUCCUUGCAAGAUUUAAAAUACCCGUAAAGGUCACGGGCGAAAAGUUGAAGAUGAUUACACAUUGGACGCUGGUGCUGGUGGUGGGGUUGGUGUUGGGCCCGUACCGCGCGCUCGCCCGCCCAACGGAACCGGAAGCCGGAGCCCGUGCGGAGGAAAUCUACAGCGAGCUGGCCGAAGAGUUCCGCCAGCUGCACAAUCAGGAGCUACGCAUGCUGCAGUAUCUGUCCGUGCAGGCCGAACGCCAGCAGCAUGAGGAAGCCUUCCUGCAGCGACAACGUGAGCAACAGCAGCAACAACGGCAGCAACUGCUCCACGAGGCCCGUAACUCACUGCUCGAAGAAGGAUCCCUGUUGGACGACAUUCCGGCCGAGUUUUCGGGCGGUGUAACGGUGAACAGUGCUGGUGGCGGCGGCGGUGAUGGAUCUGUCGUCAGUGGCCGCAAUCUCAACAGCUACGGAACUGACCUCGCGGUGCAGACAGAACCGGCACAAAGGGAGACCAUCCAUCCGAAGAGACAAAACGAGAAGAAAAAUAAUCACUACAUGUCCUUAUGCCACUUUAAGCUUUGCAACAUGGGACGUAAGCGCAAUCAACGAUUUCCUCAAUUCUGGAACUAAACGGCAAUAGCUGAUCUUCGGGACAACGACACGCCUCGUCCACUUACUACACUGAAUCAGCAGCGACACACGACAAAAGAUAUUGCGGCACGAGUUAGGAUACGCAAGCCAAAACGGGAAGGAAUCCCCUCCACACACCUCCACUCAAACGAUUUUACUGAAUGCGUUCUCGGACUUCCGACUUUCUGGGCCGGUACCGAGUAAAGAUUAAAAUUUCUGGUUGGCCAAAUGAACUACUGUAAGCGAAUCGAAACACUUUUCUGCCCAGAGCACCGUUAGGAAACAGAGACUGCCUGGCUGCCGUUAGCCGCGCAAUGGGAGCCAAAGACACUACACAGUCAGAGACAUCCAAAUUUGCCUCCAAAAUCCGCAUCCGGUGUGGAGUAAAUAGUAAAUGUACAACGUUAGAAGGGGACCCUACUUCCGCACACGAAAUUAAGCAUAACGUGCCCCGAUGGUUGAUACUAACUUAAAUUAUCGAUUGAAUACCCACUGGAAAUGAUACUUAAAUUUACUUAUUUGCCAUUAGCCCCGAAGGAGACAAACGAGGUACAAGUUAUUUAGAGAAACAAAAGAUUAAAAUGAGGACUGAAUGUAUUACAAGGUGUGCAAAUUGAGCUACGUCUCGGUAGUUUUAGCCCACGUUAGAUUGUUAAGUCACAACCGCCAACAUGACACACCACUAAGGCCAGCCAAGAUGGAACAUGGAAAAGUAUUGAGAAUUUUCUGUUUUUACUUUUAUUUCCCUCAUCAUUCCCCAGCACCCAAAGUUUGCAUCUCAUCCUUGUUUCGACCUUAAGAGCCUUAACAUUAUAUUAUUUAACUUUGGUCGCCACCAUCCAAACGCCCGAUUCCCACUUAUCGCACACAAACAUUAGCGAUCAUCCGUCGCCGUCGUCGCGAUCGUUGUUGGGCUUCGAAGCCCAAACGAAAGCGGAACAAUUUGUAUUACUAGCCUAAGUUAUGAUUAGACGUAUGUUUAACAUUCCGAAUCGAUUCCUUUUUUUAUUAUUUGUUACUUUAGCGAUUAGAAGCAAAGUGGAAGAGACAGCUAUAAAAUACAUGCACCUAAAUUAUAUAUCCUA